AAUCAUUACACUGUAUUAUACUCCCAAGCAUCGUCCUGCGUGGCACGGAGCGGCGCGGUCAGUUGCGCAGUCGCUGAUGCAGGAUCGGCGACUUGGGAGGGUGACGUGCACGCGCACUCGCGACAUCGGUGUCAUUCGGCUUUCUCACUGGUCCUCGCACCGUGGCAUGUCUUGUUACGUGGCUGCGUCCGCGACCUUCCCGCGCGAAUCCAAAUCUUGGAUCUUGCACUGCGCCGAGAUGAUUUCUGCAUGGUACGUCAUGGGCGCUCUGUGUAGUACUAUCGCGGAGGCUACAUAUCUUGUAUCAAUCGGAACACUACCUCCAAGGAUGGCUGCUCAAGCAAGACACUGGAUCACGCAUUGAGCGAAAACACUGUGUGAAUCAAUCACGCUGUCCAAACUCUGUUUAAAACCCGAUGUGCGCGUCUCGCCCACACGUUCUUUUUGAUGGUCUGUAUAGGGCUCGGGGUGGUUCCUGGCUCUCUUUUCAUCCAAUCACCGAUGCGGACGCCGUGAAUAUUGAGUUCUGCGCAGCGCGGAUUGGCUGGCGCGCAAUCUCCGCCGGAAGGGAGGCAUGAGUGAUCCUGCGUCGCUGAUUGGCCGUGCUUUAGCCUCGCGCGCGCUGAUUGGCCAAAACGCCGUUUGACGAUUCAAAAUUCAAAUGGGUCGGCAAACCCCUUUCCCACUUUCGCUUUUCGGUGCAAGCGUCCAUCACAACCGCUUUCGCACCCGCAGCUUCCUCCACCAGCGACCAACAUGCGCGAGAUCCUCUCCAUUCACCUCGGCCAGGGCGGUAUCCAGGUCGGUAACUCCUGCUGGGAGCUCUACUGCCUCGAGCAUGGCAUCCAGCCCGAUGGCCAGAUGCCCUCGGACAAGACGAUCGGCGGUGGCGACGACGCCUUCAACACCUUCUUCAGCGAGACCGGCGCCGGCAAGCAUGUCCCUCGUGCUGUCUUUGUCGAUCUUGAACCCUCGGUCUGCGACGAAGUCCGUACGGGCACCUACCGCCAGCUCUACCAUCCGGAGCAGAUCAUCUCGGGCAAGGAAGACGCCGCCAACAACUACGCUCGUGGUCACUACACGAUCGGCAAGGAGAUUGUCGACCAGGUCCUCGAUCGCGUGCGCAAGCUUGCGGACAACUGCACGGGCCUCCAGGGCUUCAUGGUCUUCAACGCUGUCGGCGGUGGUACCGGUUCGGGCCUCGGCUCGCUCCUUCUCGAGCGUCUCUCGGUCGACUAUGGCCGCAAGUCGAAGCUCGGCUUCACGAUCUACCCGUCGCCGCAGGUCUCGACGGCCGUUGUUGAACCGUACAACUCGGUCCUUUCGACCCACUCGCUCUUGGAGCACACCGAUGUCGCCAUCAUGCUUGACAACGAAGCCAUCUAUGACAUCUGCAAGCGCUCGCUCGACAUUGAGCGCCCGUCGUACACCAACUUGAACCGUCUCGUUGCCCAGGUCAUCUCGUCGCUCACGACGUCGCUCCGCUUCGAUGGUUCGCUCAACGUCGAUAUCACCGAGUUCCAGACGAACCUCGUCCCGUACCCGCGCAUCCACUUCAUGCUCUCGUCGUACGCCCCCGUCAUCAGCGCGGAGAAGGCCUACCAUGAGCAGCUCUCUGUUGCCGAGAUCACAAACUCGUGCUUUGAACCUUCGUCCAUGAUGGCCAAGUGCGACCCGCGCCACGGCAAGUACAUGGCGGCGUGCCUCAUGUACCGCGGUGACGUUGUCCCCAAGGACGUCAACGCCGCCGUCGCGACCAUCAAGAACAAGCGUACGGUCCAGUUUGUCGACUGGUGCCCCACGGGCUUCAAGUGCGGCAUCAACUACCAGCCGCCGACCGUUGUCCCGGGCGGUGACUUGGCGCGUGUUCAGCGUGCUGUCGCCAUGAUCUCCAACACGUCGGCCAUCGCUGAGGUCUUCUCGCGCAUUGACCACAAGUUCGACUUGAUGUACGCCAAGCGCGCGUUCGUCCACUGGUAUGUCGGUGAAGGGAUGGAAGAAGGCGAGUUCUCGGAGGCUCGUGAAGAUCUUGCUGCCCUCGAGAAGGACUACGAAGAAGUCUCGGCCGAGACGCAGGAAGGCGAUGGCGAAGACAUGGAAUACGGCGAGGAGUACUAAGGUUGUGGCAAGCAGUUUUGCCCUAUAUAACAUGCGUUGUCAAUGAUGCGUCAAAGUCUUCCUGGAUGACAUAUAUGGCACGAGGGAAGAAGCACAGGACUGC